AUGGCCAAGCGACGGCUGAACCCGGACGAGAUUCGAGCGGCCGUGGAGGCGGGACACCCCCCCAGCUCGGUCAACUACGAGACCGACAAAAAAUGGCAUGCCGGGCAGAAUCGCUGGCUCGCCAAAUGGAAGCAACGCCGGCUCCCCGACAGCGGGAGCAGCCGGCGGGACCACUGGGGCGAUCGAAAGCAGCAGCAUGCGCGGCUGCUGCGGGCGGCGGAGAAUGAGUCAUCUGCCUCCUUGAAGCGCCAGCGCAAGGCCGCAGCGACACCUGCCGUGACACAUAGCGGCCGUGUGCACGCUGGCCCGUCACGGCUCAAGAGGCCAAAGCCGCCGCCAGAAGGUGGCAACCAGCAGGCGUACGAGCUCGCCAUGGGCAUGUAUGGUAUUGCUCGCGACACCCGGAGCAAGAUGUCGAGGCGGACCAAGAGCGAAGACGCCGAGCGCAAGAGGGAUGCGCGAGCGAUCACGGCGAUGACGACAAGGCCGCAGGCAGUCAAGGCCGCCAAGGAGCGAAUGGAGAGGGAGCGCGAGCGGUCGCAGCGGCGGCGUGAUGUGGCAAAGCUCAAAGCGCUGCGAGAUUCUGACUAUUGGCGGACCACUGGCUUCUUCAGCAGCGUGCGAGGGGAUAACUACUAUGACCAUUGGCUGUGCCUCGCAAUCAAGGAGUAG